UCAUCUCUCAUAAACUCAAACAUCGAAUCUUCUUCAACGCUAAACUUUUCUCAAGAAAAAAAAAACCCAAUUUCCUUCUGAAAAAAUGUCGGGACGUGGAAAGGGAGGAAAGGGUUUGGGCAAAGGAGGAGCCAAGCGUCACAGGAAGGUUCUGAGAGACAACAUCCAGGGAAUCACCAAGCCGGCGAUUCGGAGGCUGGCUCGCAGAGGUGGAGUCAAGCGUAUCAGUGGUCUCAUCUACGAGGAGACACGUGGAGUCCUCAAGAUCUUUUUGGAGAACGUUAUUCGAGACGCUGUGACCUACACCGAGCACGCUAGGAGGAAGACUGUGACUGCGAUGGAUGUGGUCUACGCGUUGAAGAGGCAAGGGAGGACGCUUUACGGGUUCGGCGGUUAAGGGUCUCUUGUAGAUUCGCGUUUUGCGUUUCUGGGUUUCUUUAGGCGUGUUCUUAUGGAAGUUUCUAAUCAAAUCAUGUUUUCCUUAGCGUUUGUGUUUUGAAUUCCGUUUGAGUUCGGUCUUUUGUGUGUUGCGUUAGCGUUUCGUUAUAUGUAAUUACGCAAUUUUAUCUAUGAAGCUAUUCGAGUUUAUGAA